CCAACGACAAUAAUUCUCGCCACAGCUUUAUCAUUUAGUCUCGUGAUGUCUGUGAUAGGCAACUCUCUUGUGAUUUGCAUCAUAGCCAAGCAACGAUCCAUGAAAACACCAACCAAUUGUCUUAUACUGAACUUGGCCGUUUGUGAUAUUUUGACCAGUGUACUACUGACACCACAUUUCAUCCAAAUGAUAUUUCUUGGAGGCAAAUGGUUUGGUGGUGUUUUGGGAAGCUUUACUUGCAAAAUGUUGGAAUACGGAAACUCUGUUACACUUUUCUGCUCUCUUUUAAACCUUGUUGCUAUCGCCAUUGAUCGAUGUCUCGCCGUAACUCGACCACUAUCUUACAAACUUUCAUCACAAUGGAUGGUAAAGAUUUCAAUUCCUGUCAUGUGGUUGAUUUCAUUUUCAUUGCCUAUAGGAAGUCUUUCGAACACACAAUUAUUAUACUAUGACGGUGAUGUGUGGCCAAGAUGUGUAGAAAAUUAUGAUCGCAGCUCUGUUGACUUGUACUUAUCGGUAGCUACUGUAGUAGGCUCGUUUAUAGCAUUGAUUACGCUUUAUUCAGUGAUUUCUUAUCGUCUUUGGAGAAGAAACAUUCCUGGUGAGAUUCCCAGCAAUCAAAAGGAACUUGUGAUUCGUACAGCACGAAAGGUCACUAUUUUAAUGAUAUCAGUUGUAGUUGUCUUCUUUGUUUCAUGGGCACCAGCUUUUGUUGUUCUUCUUAUCUUGGUCUUUGGAAACGCUGGUCCGACGUUUGUAGCAGUUUUGAUGCAACACCCCCUUUUAUAUGGUAUAAGUUUCUGGCUCAUUUGUAACAACAGCGCCUUUAACCCUUUGCUGUAUUUCAUAUUUAUUGAAAGUUUCCGUCAAGGCUUGAGAUCGGUCUGUUCAAGAUGUCGCGUUCCUCGAUUCUCACUGCAGGAAAGUGGACAAGAAUUAACGAGGAUUAGGCCAACUCUGGAUAUCAUCAAUAAGGAAGAAGGAAACAUUGAGUUGACGGCGUACUCUGGGUACAAUUCAUGA